AUGUGCAUGAUGCUCCACCGCUACGAAGCGGACGUGAACCUCACAAACAGCAGAGGUCAAUCUGCACUCCACCUCGCAGCAAAAGCCGGUCUAUCAGAUGUGCUUCACUGGCUGUCUGCAAAGGCCUCGCCCUCACUUCGUCAGGCCCGUGACUCUGCCGGGCUCCGGGCUGCAGACGUUGCCAAGGCGCAGGGUUUGACACCGCCCCUGCUUGCAAAGCUGGAGACAGGCGCAGGCGCAGGCGCAUCUUCGCGUGCAGCCGUCCCGGAGACAAAGCGCUCAGGUCUCAAGACUCGUUGA